AUGGCCGAUUCAACACCCCACCAAGUCGAAGAAAAGAGGUCUAGUGUAGUCGAGGAAACAAACUUCCAACUCUCAGAGAAACAUGAUGACCCCGGUGCUCUCGAAGCCAAUUCACACCACUCCUCUUCCGACGACGACGACUCAACAAUAAACGAAGACUCCCCAAAUGAGCUCGCCCAAGUACCAACAAACAACAGCACCGUCGCACGCACUCUCUCCGUCGUCCGAACGCGCGAGUCAGGCAAAGACAUCGGUCCUCCACCGGAUGGAGGCUUACAAGCAUGGCUACAGGUAGCACUGGGCCAUAUGAUUAUCUUCAAUACGUGGGGGUAUAUCAACAGUUUUGGCGUUUUCCAAACAUACUACACCUCGACGCUGGGCCGAUCUCCCUCAGAUAUCUCCUGGGUGGGUAGUAUUCAGAUCUUCCUACUUUUCUUCAUCGGGACAUUCUCCGGCCGCGCCACGGAUGCGGGAUACUUCCGCUUCACGUUAACAAUCGGCGCAACGCUGGAAUGUUUCUGCAUCUUCAUGACUUCGCUUUGUACGGAGUACUGGCAACUUUUCCUGGCGCAGGGAUUGGGUCAGGGAAUUGGGUGUGGACUUAUGUUUUGUCCAACGCUUGCUCUGAUCUCGACGUAUUUUGUUCGUCGGCGUGGAAUUGCGCUUGGUCUGGCUGCUUCGGGCUCGGCGACGGGUGGUUUGGUAUUUCCUGCUGUUGUCAUGAAAUUGUUGCCGCAGAUUGGAUACGGGUGGACGAUGCGUGUACUUGGACUGAUUUCAGUCGUUACGUUGAUCCCCUGCGUGCUAUUUUUUAAGCAGCGUUUGCCGCCGCGGAAGAGUGGACCUAUUGUUGAGUGGGCUGCUUUUAAGGAACCUUCUUAUCUACUCUUUGCUCUUGGCAUGUUCCUUAAUUUCUGGGGUCUGUAUAUUGCUUUCUUCUAUGUUGGCAGUUUCAGUCGGAAUAUUAUUGGCGUGGACCAGACGACUUCUAUUGACCUUUUGAUGGUUAUGAACGGAGUUGGAAUCGUGGGUCGACUCGUGCCUAAUUUUUUGGCGGAUCAGUUUACGGGCCCGUUGAAUUUAUUGAUUCCUUUCAGUGGUGCGACGGCUUUGGUGGCUUAUUGCUGGGCUGCUGUGAAGGAUAUGUCGGGGUUGUGGGCCUUCGCGGUCUUUUAUGGUCUGUCUGCUGCGGGCAUCCAGUCGCUCUUCCCUGCUACAUUGAGCACUCUCACGACGGAUAUGAAGAAGACGGGUGUGCGGAUGGGAAUGGUUCUCAGUGUUGUUGCGGUUGCUGCUUUGAUCGGUUCGCCUAUUGCUGGUGCUUUGGUGCAGCUUGACAAUGGAGGCUAUCUGUACGCGCAAAUGUUUAUGGGCAGCGCAAUCAUCGCGGGUACAUUGACUUUGAUCGCGGCGAGAAUCGUCAAGGUUGGUACAGGCAUUGCUCGUGUGUAA